AGGGGUAAAAUAGUUUUUUGUAUUAACGGAGUUAUUAUUAUGGAUAUUCACUAUCUAUAUCCUAUUUAUGUCUUUUUUUUUUUGUUUUUUUUUGGGCUUUGUUUUUUGGCAUAAAUCCCGUAAUUUGUGGGAUAAUCAGACAUUCAGAAACUCAAAAUUGCUUAAUAAUUGAGUAAAAAAAAACUUAUCAGUCUAUGAAUAAUUGUGUUGUAAAUUACUUGGUGAUUGACCUGUAAUUGAAGUUUUCUGAUCUGUGAAAUCAAAAAAAAUUAAUUAAAUUUAGUUUCUCCCCUUAUCAGAGUAUAUUUUCAUCAAAUAAUCUCGUCAUUUUCCUUGAAAUCAAAUUAUAAAUAGUUGAUGUCAUUUUUCUUUGAUAGUAAAUUAUCAAUAAUUGAUAUCCCCAAGCAAGCCAAUGGCUGUUGCCAUCACUCUGUUCGUUGUGACAUUCUUAUCGAUUAGCCUGCAUUUUACGGAGGCACAAAUUGGUGUAUGCUAUGGAAAGAUUGGAGACAACUUACCGAGUGAGAGAGAUGUUGUGAGCCUCUACAAAUCCAAUGGCAUAGGAGCAAUGAGACUCUAUAGUCCAAAUAUAGCAGCUCUCCAAGCCUUACAAGGCUCGGGCAUUAAACUCGUACUAGAUGUCCCUAAUGAAAACCUUCGGUCUCUAGCACGUUACCCCUCAACGGCAAUACAUUGGGUCAAGACCAACGUCGUGCCCUUUGCAUCAUCCAUUAAAUAUAUUGUUGUAGGGAACGAAGUUGAUCCGUCCUAUAAUUUUGCCUCAUCAGUCUUACCCGCCAUGAAAAAUGUUCACAACGCAUUGAUAUCAAACAACUUACGAGCCAUUAAGGUUUCUACAUCCAUUAGUACAGAAAUUAUGAUGAGCACGUAUCCACCCUCAAACGGACAAUUUAAUUACACGUCAUACAUUACCCCAAUAGUCAAAUUUAUAACAAGUAACAAUUCACCUUUGUUAGUUAACAUUUACACGUACUUUGCUUAUAUUAGUAAUCAACAUGAUAUUAAUCUCAACUACGCAUUAUUUAUGUCCCCGGGGACAGUGGUUACUGAUCCGAAUAACGGCAAAAAUUACCAAAACUUGUUUGAUGCAAUGGUUGAUUCAAUAUAUGCCGCUCUAGCGAAGGUGGGUGCACCUAACACGGCGAUUGUGGUGUCUGAAACCGGAUGGCCAUCAGCCGGGGGAGUCGCAGCCACGGUGAACAAUGCCGGGACUUAUUAUAGGAAUUUGAUCAAUCAUGUGAAGCAAGGGACUCCUUUAAAGCCAGGGCAAGCAAUUGAGACUUAUUUGUUUGCAAUGUUUGAUGAAGAUAAGAAACCAGGGGCUAUAACUGAGCGUCAUUUUGGUCUGUUUACACCUACUAAGGUUCCUAAAUAUGGCCAUCUUAAUUUUAAAUGAUUAAUAUCUU